AUGGAUGGAGAUUCUUUAGUGACAAGUGAAACUGGAAGGUGGGACAACAUCCGUGUAGCAGUUGAUGGCACAGUCAAGCAGCACAAUUCUCCCAGUUCAAAAGUGCUAUCCAGGCACCUCCAUGUGCAGGAUUGGAUGGCACAUAUUGUUACAUACGCUUCUACACAUGUAAUGAGUAAGGUUGUUGAAGUCGACAAGGCGUCCCUAGUUGGAACUUCCAACUGCCAGACCGCUCACUGCUGGCGGAUGGGCAAGUCGUUUUUGGGACUGCCUUUCGCCAAUGCAUUCUAUGCCCUUGCAUGUGUUCUGUCCUCCUUGUCUCAAGUCGAGAUUAUGCAAGUGCUGCACAAAUAG